AUGAAUGGUCCAUCAACAGUAAAUCAUUCGACACAAAAUAAUGAACAAUUAAUUGGAAAAUUUCAUGUUGUUAAUGUUGAUAAAUUACCAACAAAUCCAGUUAAUGCUCAUGAUGAAACAACUUCUAUUGUUGGUCAACAACCGCCGCUUCCACCACCCGUAGCAUCAUCCUCUACUACAACUACUGAUGAAUCCGUAUGUCCAUCACGUUUUCAAAUGAUUCGUGUUGAUAGAAAUUUUGUACGUGGUCGUUGGAAAGUAAAUGAUUAUGAACCGCCUGAAAAUAUUGCAACUCUAAAUAAUCCACCGGUGACUAAUUCUAUUGAAAAUGAACCUGUAAACAAUUCCAAUACAUCAACUAUGCCAGCAACAGCACCAAUAACAACAAUACCAUCUAAUAUACCACCCAAUGUACAUGCGGAUUCAAAUGUUACUUCAUCAGCGACACUUGCUGCAACAGCUGCUUCAGCUGCUGCUGCAGCUGCAACUGCUUUUCAACAACAACAACAGCAACAACAACAACAACAACAACGAUUAGCAAUGAACAAUCCAACAACAGUUAUGCCAGCAGCUAAUGUUCCACCACCAGCUGGUCUUCUUUCUGCUUAUCCACCGACAGCAUUACCUAAUCUUGCAGCACCAAAUCAAGCGUAUAUUUUAUCAGGUCAUCCACAAUUUGGUUAUUAUCAAAUAUUGCUACCACCUUAUUCACCAUAUGCUGCUCAAUGGGCUGCUUUAGCUGCUACAAAUUCUUUUCUACCUCCAACAAUGCCACCACCACAACAACAAACAUCUCGAUUACCAACUGGAAAUCUCGGUGAACCUUUAAGACUUCCGGAAACAGUUCCAGAUGGAACUAGUGAAAAUCCAGUGAUCCCUUCUAAUCUAUAUCCGAAUCCGACUACUGAUCACUUACAAAAUGCUCAAAUAGCUGCAGCAUCGACUGCACCAUUUAUAUAUGCUCCUCAACAUCCUCAUUCAACAUAUGUUUCACAAGCACCAUUAACUACUGCUUCUCCUUAUGCAACUAUGCCAACUUAUCAUUCUGCUGCACAGCCAUCAACAAUUAUUCCACCAACAGCACGGCCAACAUCACUCGCCCAAGUUAUUCCAAACAAUAUUACUGACAUACAACAACAACAACAACAACAAAUACACUCUCAUCAAGUACCAUCUACACAACAACAACCACAACAAGCACCAAUUCUUACUUCACCUAAACAAGAUACAGCAGCAACAAAAACUUCUCUACAACCACCAAUUAUACCGAAAGCAACGACAACAACAACAUCAGUACCAACAAAACUUUUAACAACACAAACAAAUGGUACUAAUGCAAUAGCUCAAACAAAACCUGUUACAAUAAUAAGCAAUAAUGCUAAUACUGAUACACUAAAAACAACAACAGCAACAAAUCCUACAUAUAUUACUGAUUUAUUAUCAACAUCACCUUCAUUAUCACAUAUUCAACAACCAUCACGAACACUUAUGUCUCCUAUAACAAUACAAACAAAUAAUCCAAGUAAUAUGACUAGUCCAAAUAAAGCACCGACAGCUUCAUUAAAUGACAUAUGGCCAUAUGGAACAGCUGGUCCAUCAUUAAAUUUAACGCAAACAGCUGCACAAACUGCAGUUGUUACAGCUGCUGCUGCAAUGGGCUUAUUAAAUAGUGAAAGUGGUCAAAAUACAGAAAUAGCUAACGAGAUUCUUAAAGAACUAACAACACCAACAAAACAAAAUAACUUCAGUUUAUCAGAGAGACGAGUGCGUUUAAGAAAUAGGCGACAGCGCAGUACAACGGAUAUUGACAACAAAAUUUCAGCAGCCAUGGAUCUUGUUAAAAUGCAUUUGUUAUCUGCUGUUCGUGAAGAAGUAACCGAACUACGUCAACAAAUUCGAACACUUACUGAUAAAGUGAAUAGUGUUGAACAUGAAAAUACAUUUCUUCGUCAGCAUGUACCUAGUGAAAUCUAUGCUCAAUAUAUACCAUUAUAUCCUGGUUUAUCAUCUGCUAAUGAUCCAUACAAUCCUACAACAACCAUAACGAGUACAGCUUCGAUACCUUCAUCGUCUAUAACGUCUAGUCAAUCGAUACCAAUGGCUUUUGUAUCAUCGCUUCCUUCAUCGUUUGCACAACAACCGCCUUUAUCGACUACCUCACUACCACCACCACCACAACCACCUUCAUCAACAAAUCUUCCUUCAACUUGA